AUGUCUUCUUUCCUCUUCCGUCGUGCUGCCGUCGCAUCGGCCUCCACCGCCCGCGCUUUCAGCACCACCUCGCCCCGAUCCAUUGCUAAGAUCUCCAUCAUCGGCAACCUCGCCGACACCCCUGAGCUCUACCAGACCUCCUCCGGCCGCGAAAUCGUCCGAUAUGCUGUCGCCAGCAACAGCGGUCCCAAGGAGAACCGCCAGACCAGCUGGUUCCGCGUCGCUACCUUCGCUGAGGGCCCCCGCCGUGACUUCAUGCUUAGCCUUCCCCGCGGCUCCCUCGUCUACGUUGAGGGCGAUGCCUCCGUGAACGUCUACCAAGAUGCCGAGGGCAAGAACCGCUCCUCCCUCAACAUCGUCCAGCGCACCAUUGAGGUUCUCAAGCGCCCUGCUGCCCCUGCUGCCGCCGAGUCUGAGGAGCAACACUAA